ACCAACCCCAUCUCCCCCAUAUGCAUUACACAUCCCAUAGAAAAACAAAUCGUGCAUCUCAUGGAGGAAUUUAACAACACCGCCUUCCCCACCAUCUCCGGCGACCUCAUGAGCGAUCAUUUCCAGUUCUCCGAUCAAGAUUCAUUGACAAAACCCGACGUCGAAAUCCUCACUUCCAAUGGCCUCCGCAUCCCGGCUCACACUGGCAUUCUGGCCUUGGUGUCACCGGUGCUGGAGAAUGUCAUAGAAAGGCCUCCUAAACACCGUAGCUCCGAGAAAACCAUUCCUAUCCUCGGCGUUCCAUGCGAAGCUGUUUCUGCUUUCAUUCAAUUCCUUUACUCCUCAAGGUGUAGCGAGGAGGAGUUGGAGAAGUACGGGAUCCAUCUUCUGGCAUUGUCACACGUUUACUUGGUCCCACAAUUGAAGCACAGAUGUUCAAAAGCUGUUGGGCAACGGUUGACCAUUGAGAAUGUGGUGGAUGUGCUUCAAUUGGCUAGGCUCUGUGAUUCACCGGAUCUUUAUCUCAAGUGCAUGAGGAUAUUGUCUAGUAAUUUCAAGGCUGUAGAGAAAACAGAAGGGUGGAAGUUCAUGCACGAGAAUGACCCUUUUCUUGAGCUUGAGAUUCUCCAAUUCAUUGAUGAAGCUGAAUCUAGGAAGAUGAGAACAAGGAGGCAUAGAGAGGAGCAGAGAUUGUACAUGGAGCUAAGUGAAGCAAUGGAGUGCUUAGAGCACAUAUGCACAGAAGGGUGCACAACUGUCGGUCCAUGUGACUUGGAACCUAGCAAGAAACGGGAUCCGUGUGACAAGUUCUCCAUAUGUGAAGGUCUCCAGCUUUUGAUCAAGCACUUUGCCAAUUGUAAGAAUCGGGUUAAUGGAAAAUGCUCAAGGUGUAAACGGAUGUGGCAGCUCUUAAGACUUCACUCAUCAAUCUGUGACCAAACUGAUUCUUGCAGGGUUCCACUUUGCAGGCAAUUUAAAUUGAAAAUGCAACUAGAGAAAAAAGGAGUUGAAACGCUGUGGAGAUUACUGGUGAAGAAGGUUGCGUCUGCCAGGGCCAUGUCUUCUCUUUCUCUCCCCAAGAGGAAAAGAGAAGAACCAAGGGAGACCAUGCAUGAUCAUGGUAUUAGGAACUUCAGACUAUAAUUGGACAACUGUACAAGAGUCAUUAUAAUUUCAGUUCUUUUUUUAUUUUUGAUAUUGAAGAGCUGUCUCAGGUUUUUGUUAAAAAGAGAAGUGUCAUGUUGUGAUAGUUUAGUCCUCCGGUCUCCCAAGGAGUAGAGCUUGUAACUUGCAUGAUGAGAGAGUGGUAGUAGAUAGGAAUGGUUGCUUGAAAUUCUAAACCUCUUUAAGUUAUGCAAGCAAGUCUUUCUUUUGUAGCUUGCCUUGCAUUCCUUAGCUUUCAUUUCUUUGUUCAAGUUGUCAAAUAAUAUAAGAGUAUUUGAUAUUAUGCAAACAA